UUGGGUGACAUUAAAGUAAAUUGUCUGCUGUAUGCUGAUGAUGCAGUGCUUAUUGCACCAUCAGAGGCAGAACUGCAGGCAUUAGUCACGUGUAUGAAAGAGGAAUGUGAAAUUAAAGGUCUCCUUUUGAACGCUAAUAAAACUAAGGUUCUGGUAUUUGAAAGGGACGAAGAGAGAACGAAACCGAGACUAACUUUCGAAGACCAUGUGAGCAAAUUGCUCGAAGAGGGUAGGGUCAAGAGUACUCGGAUACCUAGACGUGCAUGUAUGAAGAAGAUAAUGAAUCUGAAAGAAGCGAAAGAGAAAAGAAAAGAAAACUUACAUGAUGGGAAAUUCAGAAGUUACUUUUCUAAAAUUGACACUUUGAAAAACGAAACUGUAUUUUUAGUAAAAAUUGGAGACAAAUCUUACUAUUUAACUAUCGGGUUAAGAGAACUUCUACUUAGAAAAAAAACUGAUUUGAAUUUAGUAUCAAGCGCUGAUAAACUCGUGUACAAAGAUAUUCUAUACCAUACUAACGCUCAUAAGAGAGAUUUUAACCCUAGAGGUCAAAUAAGAGGUGAUAAGGGAAUUAAAUAUCGAAAAAUAAUUAAACCAUUAUUUUCCGAGACCUUAAUCAAAUAUAAAAAAAUCGAAGAAAAGCUUGGAGGUAAUUUACCUAAGCUUAAGAAAUAUAAAAUCAAAACUGAUAUUGUAUAUUGGGACGAUCCAAAUGAAUUAGUUGAUAGAUUAAAACUUUUAAUAGCUUCAAGAGAUGCGGGCAAUACAAAUCAUGAUAAUGAAAUUUUAUCGAUCAUUGAAGAAUUAAAAGAAGCUAACAUUAUAAAGGAAUAA